UCCACUGACGACGUGUAGAAUAAGACGACGCGGAGCCCGACGAAGCCGUCGCUUUAUUAGAUGCUCGACUUCAAAGCAUGCCGCUUUAGACUGGUAGUCGUGGAAGAGCUCGCGCGAUCCCGGAGGAACGCCCGCAAGUUUUGAUUCCAGUUUGUGACACCAUCUGCGUUGAGGUCUGCCUCCACCAAGAUGGCACAUAAGAACUCUCCUUUAAGUCCUAGCGGAAAAGGUAUGCGAUCCAAGUCAACCAAGGGCUCGCCUUCCUCGUUGGAUUCUUCGGAUUCAAGAUCGCUGAAGAUUAUGCCCUCCACCAAGAUGGCACCGUCGCCUGAGAAACAAAAUGCACGAGUUUCUGAUGUGCAACAACAGUUAAGAAAGCUUCGGGAAGAGCUGAACAAGGAGAAAGAGGAGAAGUCCCGAGCAAUCGAAGAGCUCACUGAUAUGAAAAGAAAUGUUGCUUCUCAAAGAAAUGGAGGUGAAAACAAGUUGAAGAUCGAAGUUUUAGAGAAAGAAGUACAGAAAGCAAAGGAAUCGGAAAGAAAACUGCUCGAAUCGCUUGUGUCUCAGACGAAACUGCUUGAGCAGACAAAGAUAUCUCUUGAAGAAGCCAAACUCGAGAACAGGUCCCUCCGACAGAGCAACCGAAGCUUGGAGAGUUCUGUAAACCUAGGUAGUCGAAGCAGUAGGAAGUCAGAGAAGCAUUUGUUGGGGAAUGAUCCUUUGCCUAUGAUUCAUGCAGAAGAGGAGAUGACGGUGCUAAAAAAUGAGCUCAAGUUAGCCACAGAAGCAGAAGAGAAAAGCAAGAUAGCCAUGGAUGGUUUAGCAAUCGCCCUGAAAGAAGUAACAACUGAGAACAAUCACCUCAAGAGAACACUCAGCGUAGCCCAAUCCGAGUUAGAAAAAGUACGAGCAGAAGCAGAGCAAUUGAAGUCUUUGCUAAGGAGCAUGGAGGAAAAGUUUCAAGCAGCAUCAGCAGAAUCCGAGAGACUGCAGUUUGAGCUUGAGGAAUCUGUUGCUGCUUGGAAUGAGAAAGAGAGUAGCUUCAUAAACUGUGUUAAGAUGUCUGAAGAUGAGAUCACCAAUGCAAAGGCAGAGAACGAUAAGUUGUUCGAAUCACAAAGAGUGGUCAGGGAAGAGAAUGCCAAUUUGAGGGACAUACUAAAGCAUGCUGUGAAUGAAGCAAGCAUUGUCAAAGAAUCCCUAGAGAUUGCCAGGAAAGAGAAUUCUCAGCUAAAGGAUCUGUUAGCUGAGAAGGAAAGUUACUUGCAGAGCUUAAAGCAAGAAUAUGAGUGCCUCAAGGUGAGUGAAGCUGCAGCCACCGAUAGUGUUCAGGGGUUGAAGAGCUUGUUUGCUGCAACAUCUACAAUGGACUCGAGUAUGUUAGUCUCUUCAAUUGAGAAUGAAUCGAUCAUGGUAAGUGACAGUAAAGCCAGUAAAUUUUCAUCGGAACGUUGGAGUAAUGGUAAUCCACGGAUUCAAAAGGGGCGUAGGCAUUCGAUCGCAGAACCAGGAACUGUGUAUGUAGAAGGAGGCUCACCAGAGCAGAAUGGUGUGAUAUGUGCAUCACUUAGUAAUGUGUCUGACCUCAGGGAUGCUUCCUCCAUUGUGGCCUACGAUGAGGAAACACUGAUCUCUGCUGGUUUCAAUCACACAGAUGCAAAGCUGAAAAAGAAAAAGACAAUUCUUAGGAGAUUUGGAGAUAUGCUGAGACGAAAACACUCUUACAAACAGAACUCAUCAUCUCUUUGAUUUUAAUUACAUGAUAAAAGUAACAACAGCACUGCAGCAUGAUUUGGCACUUUGUGACUGAUAGAUACGUUGAUUUGAAUGAACAAUUCUGCGUCAAGAUACAGUUGGAAACUGCUACGAAACUUUUGUUGCAGAUAAAAACAUGGUCAAGAACAUUAUUGUGGUGUUGGUUUGUAGUUAGCUAUACUCCAUAGAUUUUGAUAUAUAAGUUUACGACAGAUAUCAAACAUUAUUGUUGUCGAGGGUACUAUUCUCAAGUUUUCGAGGACAAGCAUUUACAAAACUCACCAUCCUUAAUAAUUUUGGUGAGUUUGCCUGUGAUGUUUUGUUUGAGUUAUUCUUUUACUGCAAAGAUCUUAUGUGUUCCCAAAUCUUUCGGCUUUAUCA